CUAAUGGUCCUGCUAAUGUUCUUUGAUUCGGCACAUCCUCAGGUAAAUCCAGGCGUGUGCCGCUAUCCUCUGGGAAUGGCGGGAGGACAGAUCCAGGAUGAGGACAUCUCUGCCUCCAGUCAGUGGUCAGAGUCCACAGCAGCUAGAUAUGGCAGGCUUGACUUUGACGAUGGUGACGGGGCGUGGUGUCCAGAUGUGAUGGCAGAGCAUGAGGCCCUGAAGGAGUUCCUGCAGAUCGACCUGCGCACAGUGCACUUCGUCACGCUCGUGGGCACCCAGGGUCGCCAUGCUGACGGCGUGGGCAAUGAGUUUGCCCAACGCUACCGCAUUAAAUACAGCCGCGAUGGCAGCCGCUGGGUCUCCUGGCGAGAUCGAAAAGGGAGGCAGAUCAUUGAGGGGAACAGGAACGCUUAUGAUGUGGUGCUGAAGGACUUGGAGCCCCCCAUCAUCGCUCGCUAUGUCCGCUUCAUGCCCGUCACGGACCACUCUAUGAUUGUGUGCAUGAGGGUGGAGUUGUACGGCUGCGAAUGGCUAGAUGGUCUUGUGUCCUACAGUGGUCCGAAUGGACAGCAGAUGACCCUGAGAGGCCAGCGAGUUGACCUGAAUGACUCAGUGUAUGAUGGUGCCAUGGGUUACAGUCUGACGGAAGGUCUUGGUCAGCUGACCGAUGGAGCCUGGGGUCUGGAUGACUUCACUCAGAGCCAAGUUUAUGGUGUGUGGCCAGGAUAUGACUAUGUGGGCUGGACAAAUGCCAGUUUCACUAAUGGAUAUGUGGAGAUGACCUUUGAGUUUGACCGUGUGAGAAACUUCUCCUCAAUGAAGGUUCACUGCAACAACAUGUACACCUGGGGUGUGAGAAUUUUCCGGCAAGCAAUAUGCUACUUCCGCUCAGAGUCAGACUGGGAGCCCGAUCCCGUGUCAUUCCGACCCAGAGUGGACAGGAUCAGCCCUAGCGCUCGCUUUGUCACUGUUGCCCUUGGCAACCACAUGGCUAGUGCCAUUAGGUGCCGCUUUGCUUUCAGCGAUGCCUGGAUGAUGUUCAGUGAAAUCGCCUUUCAGUCAGAUACAGCAGUAUAUAACACCUCUUUGGUUCCUCGUAAGCGAGGCCACACAACAGGCAUUCAGCCAGGAGAUGAUCCAACACAUAAAGUAGAUGACAGCAACACCAGGAUUCUGAUUGGCUGUUUGGUUGCCAUCAUUGUCAUUCUGCUGGCCAUCAUUAUCAUCAUCCUGUGGCGUCAGGUUUGGCAGAAGAUGCUCGAGAAGGCCUCUCGCCGUAUACUAGACGAUGAGCUGACUGCACGCUUGUCGGCCCAAAGAGAGGCUUUCUCCUAUCGCCGCUCCUCUCUGUCCAGUGAGGUUGAAUCCAGUUCUACGUAUGAGAGAAUCUUCCCCCUUGGAUCUGAUUAUCAAGAGCCAUCUCAUCUGAUAAGGAAAUUACCUGAGUUUGCUUUGUCUACAGAGGAUACUGAAAUGUCAACAUCAAGCUCACCCCAAAAAAGUUCUACUGAUGAUGCGCCACACUAUGCAGAAGCAAACAUAGUGAGCGAGAAGAACACUGCUGGUGGAAGCACCAGUUACUCUAUGGCUGCUGUGUGCCUGACCGUCCCUCCAGGGAGGGAGGGGGCCCUGGAGGAGUUCCCCAGGGACCAGCUCACCUUCAAGGAGAAGCUGGGAGAGGGCCAGUUUGGGGAGGUUCAUCUGUGUGAGGCAGAGGGUAUGCAGCAUUUCUUAAAGGAAGACUUUGGGGGCAAUGGGGACAAACCUAUCUUAGUGGCGGUGAAGACCCUGAGAGAGGAUGCCAACAAAAAUGCCAGGAAUGACUUCUUGAAGGAGAUCAGGAUCAUGUCUCGACUGAGGGACCCCAACAUCAUCCGUUUGUUGGCUGUGUGUGUGGAGAGCGACCCCCUCUGCAUGAUCACAGAGUACAUGGAGAACGGAGAUCUCAAUCAGUAUCUCUCUCGGCAUGAGCUUCAGUCUGAGUCCUCCACAUCCAAUGAAGCACCCACCAUAAGCUAUAGCACUUUGUGUAGUAUGGCCACUCAGAUCACCUCUGGCAUGAAGUAUCUGUCUUCGCUCAACUUUGUUCACCGGGACCUAGCCACGCGCAACUGCCUAGUUGGCGAGAAUGACACCAUCAAGAUUGCUGACUUUGGCAUGAGCAGGAACCUCUACAGAGGGGACUACUAUCGCGUGCAGGGACGAGCAGUGCUCCCUAUUCGCUGGAUGUCCUGGGAGAGCAUUCUACUGGGUAAGUUCACCAUGGCAAGUGAUGUGUGGGCCUUCGGGGUGACACUGUGGGAGACUCUAACCCUCUGCAAAGAACAGCCCUAUUCCAACCUGUCAGAUGAACAGGUGAUCGAGAACACAGGGGAAUUUUUCAGGGACCAAAAUAAGCAGGUGUAUUUGGCCAAGCCAGCCUGCUGCCCUGACCCAGUUUACCAGCUCAUGCUGAACUGCUGGCGCAGGAAUGCUAAAGAGAGGCCCAACUUCACAGAGAUUCACAGCACCCUACUGGCAUGUCAGGAGUAGGGAGAGAGGACCGUCAGAUUCUGUCUGUCACAUAUCUAAUUUGAGAGCACAAACAGAUUAUUGAUAACUGCAAAUACAAAAUAAAUGGUUGCAUUGCCAAACGUGAAAUGUCAAGGAAAGGACAAGGAAGUGCAUGCACAGAUUCUGCUAAUGUCACACUUCUGGUAACUCUGUAAGUUUGUAGUGGAUGUACAUUGUUGUUUAUAUGAAGAUACCCUAUAUGCAGAACAUUAUUUUGAUGAUAGUAAAAACAUAUUAUUUAAACAUGUAAAUAUGCAAAUGUAUCAUUUCAAUUUAAAUAAAAAAAUAUUAGAGUUUGUGGUUGAAGCAGCGAUUGUCUUUUGUCUUCAUCUUUUCUGCUGUGUGACACAUAUACUCGGUAAGAGAGACAGUCAGAGCAAGUAAGAGUCUUAUUUGCAAUCUUCUUAUUUACAGGAAAUGUACAAUGAUAUACUCCC